AUGCCCAACUUGUGUGUUUGGUACCUGAUUUUGGUGGUGUCGGCCGGUUUGAUCUCACCGAUUCUCUCGGUUCCAUUGCCAGCUGAUCCCGCUCCUGAAAAAGCUGCAGCAGCUCCUGCCGUCGAUACGAAAUCUGCACCGGGCGUGGCCACCACCAGAACUCACCACAAGAAACACGGAUUCGGUGGGCUUUUUGGCGGAGGUCUCGGCUACGGUGCUGGUCUUGGGUAUCCCGGAAUAGGUUACGGAUUUGGCAUCCCUAGCUAUGGUUACGGUCUCCCAUUGGCUACAUACCCACCUCUGUACGGUGGCUUCGGGUACCCCAGUUUGGGCGGCUACGGCUAUGGACUUGGUGGACUAGGUGGAUAUGGUGGACUAGGAGGAUACGGUGGAUAUGGUGGGUUCGGUUAUCCGGGUUUCGGCGGCUUCGGCUAUUAA